CGGUGCCAUCGCCGGCUGCGGUCGGUGUGUUUCAGAACAUCGACGAUGGUACCUCCGACCGGCCGUACAGCCACGCCUUGGUGGCGGGCAUCGACCGCUACCCGCGGAAGGUGACUGCCGCCAUGGGCAAGAAGAAGAUCGCGAAGAGGUCCAAGAUCAAGUCCUUCGUGAAAGUUUACAACUACAACCACCUGAUGCCCACCCGGUAUUCUGUCGACAUUCCGCUGGACAAAACAGUGGUCAAUAAGGACGUUUUCAGGGACCCCGCUCUAAAACGCAAAGCAAGACGUGAAGCCAAGGUGAAAUUUGAGGAAAGAUACAAGACGGGCAAGAAUAAGUGGUUCUUCCAGAAGCUGCGAUUCUAAAGGUGUAACAAGAUCACAUCAAUAAACAUUUAUUAAAACCC